AUGCCAGCAGAAAAGGAAAAACAACACCAUCAUCAUGGAUUGAAACAUAUAUUCAAAAAGGAACAUAGUCCUGAGUCUCCGUCAGAUUCCGGAAAGGAAUCGGUCCACGGAUCGCAUAUUGGGUUGUCGAAGCUUUUUCACCAUAGUAGAGAGUCAAAGGCAGAUACGCCUAGCGGGUCCAGCGGAGGGCGGAUUUCGAGAACACCGUCUGUUCUUUCGAUGAGGAGACAUAGUUCGAACAUGACGAGAUCACACAGCAACAUAGAAAACGAAAAGACCCCUAAGAAGUUGUCGAAGGCCGAGACAAUGGCUCAUCUUCAGCACAUGAAUAAGAAUAAUGUGGCCAGAAGUGUACGACAGGCAAACGAAUUGAGGUCAGGAACACCAGGAGGAGGCCGAGGAGGUGGAUUGAACAUCACACCGAACGCCAAUAACAAUCUGCAACACGAGAAGAUCAAGUACAAUCCGUUCGGAAUUAACAAAAGUCCUUCGGCAGAACACCCCAGUACGAGUUUUUACUUGUCGGGUGGACCAGAUGCUAACAGAGUGUUGAACAAUCCGGUGGCUGAUCCUAAUGACUUUUUACCGGAGGAGUUGCAGCAGGACCACGUCAAUCUUUUGGAGGAUUUCGAGAUCGAUAUGCAAAACAAAAAGUUGGGAGACGGGGGAUCGUCGGACGUCCGUAUUAUCAAUUCGGCCUGUAACAAGAAGAACGUUUAUGCAUUGAAGAAGUUCACGUUGCUAGAUAAGGAGAGCGAUGAAGACUUUUAUAAGCGGGCAAUAAAGGAAUAUAUUAUUUCCAAGAAGGCUAGCAAGAGUAGACAUGUGGUCGAUACUAUAAUGAUGGUGAGAAUUCAAUCCCAAGCAAAUUUAACCAGAGGUUGGGGUAUAAUAUUGGAGUUGUGCGGCGGCGGAGAUCUAUUCAACGCCAUAGUGAAACUGGGGUGGAAGAGUUCGUCGUUGAACGAAAAAUACUGUAUUUUCAAACAAAUAGCAUACGGGGUUAAAUUUUUACAUGAAAUGGGUAUAGCCCACAAGGAUUUAAAGCCAGAGAAUGUUUUAAUUGAUGGUAACGGUAUUGCAAAAUUAUGCGACUUUGGUGUUAGUGGCUAUGGUAACGAGGUCCAAGGUGAUUUGUCCUCGCCAGUUAAACUAUCGACUGCUUAUGUUGGGUCUCCGCCUUACUCUCCCCCAGAAGUUAUGAAAUUAAAGGAGGUGAGUAGUAGUGAUAUGAAAAAAUGGGCAUAUGAUCCAUAUAAGAUGGAUUGUUGGGCUCUUGGGAUGUUACUUUUCUGCAUUGUUUAUCGUGGUGUUCCGUUUUCGAUGGCAUCUACUAAUGAACACGCUUAUAGAGAAUAUAAAUUUAAUCACAGCCGUUAUGCGGGCGACCAUCCUAACUUUAAGCAUAACCUAGAAGUUACUAAAGGACCUGGAAGUGAGUUCAAAUGGGCUCAGCAAUUUCACUCCACUGGUGCUGCUAGGGUUGCUUGGAAGCUAUGUGACCCGUCAGUCACGAACAGAUACACGUUAGAUUUAUUAUUUGCCGACCCGUGGUUUACUGAAUUGGAAAUGUGUAUUUAUGAACACCCAGACCAAGAUGUAAAUCCAAUUAUUACUCCACCAGGUUCUUCAAACCCAUCAUCAGGUCAAACUUCCCGCGCGCCUUCUCGUAAGGCGACAAUUGGUUCAAACUAUGACAGUGACGAAUUUCAUUCAUCGUUUAGAAGUAUGUUAGAUUUGGGUGGCCAGAGCAAUGAAACCAGUCCAAAUGUAAACCAGAACUCAAAGUUCAAUCACGAAUACGAUUAUCGUGACAGAGAUGAUGGUUCUAUUCACUCGGCAUCUUCAAUUACGCAAACUCCUUUGAAACUUCAUAGAGGCGAUAGAAUGAAUUCAUACGAUCGCAUGGACAACCAUGAAGGAUUUGAAGGCAUGGACAACGACACAUCAUCAGAGUAUUCAAAUUCAAAACCUAGAUCAAUGUUAGAUGUAUCAAAUGAUGAUCCUGCUUUCAAAGAUUCGCAGCAACCAUCGAGUGCUAAUUUGCCAGCGUUAAAAGAGGAUGAAAUCGAGACAUUUGAUAACAUGAAUAAACCACAAGAGAAUAUGUCUACUGCGUCAUCGAUUCUGUCGGCAAAUCGGAAGAGUUGCGGAGACCAACCUGGUCCCAAUGAUAGUGAGAACAAUGGAAAUGGUGUAACUAAGAAGAAAUCGCUACCUGAGCUUCAUGUCAGACCCUUAAAAGGCAGUUCUCAGUUACAUAUCGAUUCCAAUGGCGUAUGUGAACUCGGUUAUAAGAUUAAAAAGCACCACCAUGUGGGAAUAAGUAAUGUUACCGUGUCAGGAUCAUUGUCUAGAAAACGAUAA